AUGCCCCGCGACCGCAUCCCUACCCACUACACCAACCGCCUCAAAGCGCGCGCCGUUGAAGACUGGCGUGCUGCACGCGCUAGCGGCACGAGCCACAGAGCGUUUGCCGAGUCAAGUGGCUUUCCCCGCCCUUCGCUGCAGAACUGGGGGCCCAAGUAUCCCCGCCUGGCCCAAGAGUCCCAGCGUCAGCCUCGAGCCAGCCCCUCCCUCCCUCCGGUUCCCUCCCGUGCCUCCCGCCUCACGCUCAGCGGCAGCGGCCGCAAGCCCGACACGGCCCCGAUCGAGGACACAUUGUGCGUGUUUAUCAAGGAUGAGCAGCGGCUGGAGCACACCGUAACGGUUGAUUUCAUCAUCGACAUGACUACAGAGCUCAUGCCGGAGGCAAAAGCCCGGACGUCAAGAAGUCCUGGUGCCAGCGCUUCCUGCGCCGGCACCACCUCACCAUUCGACGGAUCUGCCACUCAGGCCGCAAGACUCGAGAAGAGCUGGAAGCUCUGCGGCUGCCAUUUGUCGAGGAAGUGA